UGAGUGAAAUCUCCGAUAAGAAAUCGAGAUCAAUAGUAGGAAUGUAUGCUCAAAUGGCAACUGCGUUUUCGCAUACCGUUCUUCCAGGACUCGCAUACUUUUUGCGGGACUGGAGAAACCUGUGCAUAUGCGUCUCCCUGCUGAAUUUACCUUAUGUUUUGAUAUUUUUUUUAUACCAAGAUCUCCUAGAUGGCUUCUAACCAAUGGUCAUGAUGAUGAGGCAAAGAAAACAAUAUCACGCUACGCAAAAAGCAAGAAAGUGGAAUUAAACGAUGACGAUUGGGAUCUUGUUGUGAAAACCGAAAUGGAAAAUAUUAGGGCAUCGGCAGGAGAAAAGAAAUAUUUCCUCACUGAUUUGUAUCGGCCACCGCUAAUGAGAAUUGUAUCGCUCAAUGUAAUUUACAUCUGGUUUGUUGUGAGCAUGGUGUUUUAUGGAUUGACAUUAAACGUUGGGACACUCGUAGGCGAUCCAUAUGUGAAUGCUGCAAUAAAUGGAUUUGUGGAAAUCAUUGGAUACCUUUUAUUUCUCGCAAGCGCAAGAUUUUUAGGAAUGAGAUUGACAUCGAGUUUAUCUUAUUUUCUUGGUGGUGUAUGUUGUCUCACAACUAUGCUGUUGGUUGAGUUUUCUGGUGGUGACGCAGCAAUGCUUGAGGCAAGUCGAUGGGUAGCAAUAAUGGGAAAGCUUUUUGCAAGCAUGUCAUUUGCUGUUGUGUAUCAAUAUACUGCUGAACUGUAUCCAACUGUUACGAGAGGUACCGCAAUGUCAAUGGGAUCUAUGUCAGCCAGGAUAGGCUCAAUCAUUAUGCCGUUCACACUGCAAAUUCAACAAGAAAUACCUUGGCUUACACAGACUAUUUUUGGUACUCUUGCUAUCAUUGCCGGGGCUACUUCAUUGAUGCUUCCCGAAACAUCAAAAGCAGAUAUGAUGACUUCAGUUGAUCAAGCUGAAAAUUUCUACAGGAAAAACAUGAAAACCAUUGCAAAACUAUGGGGAAAAACUGAUAUUUACCAUAGUAAACACGACGACGAAGAAAAAGAGAAAAAAUCUGAUGAACUCACUGCAUAUGAGCUCGAUUAUAACGAAGGGGAAAUGUACCAGCAUACAUCUAAAUUGUGAUGACCGAACUUGAUUUAAGAUGUCGAUUUUAAUUGAAAUAAGUUUGUGAUUGUGUAUAAAAAGAGUUGUAAAAUGUUCAAUACUUUGAUUUAUAACUUUCUAUUCGCUCAUUCACAGCAUCCGAAGGGGUUACGGUAUUCGUAAUAUGUUUCCAAAUUUUGAAUUUGAUUAAAUAUCAACU